AUGCCAAACUCUUCUACCAACGCCGUCUACACUGGUAGCACAAAUGUCCCCAUGCAACCCCACGCCGCAAGCAGCCCGCUCAGCCACGAUUUCUCCAUGGGACGCUUCCUCGCCGACCAGGAGCAAAAGUGUCCCCUGGAGCUCCGCACACACCAAACUGCAGCAGAAACCGAAGCAGCUGCAAGAAGCCGCAUGCUAGUCAAGAUCCAGGGGUUCCAGGAGCAGUUUAGCUCCAGCAGCGAACCCAAGGCAAGCUAA